CGCGCGAGUCUCGGCGGCCCCGGAACCGGCCUUGGAACAGCGGCGGAGCCUGAGGCCGUUAGCCCUCCCGCCCCAUGGAGCGGCCCCCGGGGCUGCGGCCGGGCGCGGGCGGGCCCUGGGAGAUGCGGGAGAGGCUUGGCACCGGUGGCUUCGGGAACGUCUGUCUGUACCAGCACAAGGAACUUGAUCUCAAAAUAGCAAUUAAAUCUUGUCGUCUAGAGCUAAGCACUAAAAACAGAGAGCGGUGGUGCCAUGAAAUCCAGAUCAUGAAGAAGUUGAACCACGCCAAUGUUGUGAAAGCCUGUGAUGUUCCUGAGGAAUUGAACUUUUUGAUUAAUGAUGUGCCUCUUCUUGCAAUGGAAUACUGCUCUGGAGGAGAUCUCCGGAAGCUCCUCAACAAACCAGAAAAUUGUUGUGGACUUAAAGAAAGCCAGAUACUUUCUUUACUGAGUGAUGUAGGAUCUGGAAUUAGAUAUUUGCAUGAAAACAAAAUCAUACAUCGAGAUCUAAAACCUGAAAAUAUCGUUCUUCAGGAUGUUGGUGGAAAGAUAAUGCAUAAAAUAAUUGAUCUGGGAUAUGCCAAAGAUGUUGAUCAAGGAAGUCUCUGUACAUCUUUUGUUGGAACACUACAGUAUCUGGCCCCAGAGCUCUUUGAGAAUAAACCGUACACAGCCACUGUUGAUUACUGGAGCUUUGGGACCAUGGUGUUUGAAUGUAUUGCUGGAUAUAGGCCUUUUUUGCAUCAUCUGCAGCCAUUUACUUGGCAUGAGAAGAUUAAGAAGAAAGAUCCAAAAUGUAUAUUUGCGUGUGAAGAGAUGACAGGAGAAGUUCAGUUUAGUAGCCAUUUACCUCAACCAAAUAACCUUUGUAGUUUAAUAGUAGAGCCCAUGGAACACUGGCUACAGUUGAUGCUGAAUUGGGACCCACAGCAGAGAGGGGGCCCUAUUGAUCUUACUUCAAAGCAGCCGAGAUGUUUUAUAUUAAUGGAUCACAUUCUGAACUUAAAGAUAGUACACAUCCUAAAUAUGACUUCCGCGAAGAUAAUUUCUUUUCUGUUACCAUGUGAUGAAAGUCUUCAUUCACUGCAGUCUCGCAUUGAGCGUGAAACUGGAAUAAAUACUGGUUCUCAAGAGCUUCUUUCAGAGACAGGAAUUUCUCUGGAUCCUCGGAAACCAGCCUCUCAGUGUGUUCUGGAUGGAGUUAGAGGCUGUGAUAGUUACAUGGUUUAUUUGUUUGAUAAAAGUAAGACUGUAUAUGAAGGGCCAUUUGCUUCCAGAAAUUUAUCUGACUGUGUAAACUAUAUUGUACAAGAUAGCAAAAUACAGCUUCCAAUUGUACAACUACGUAAAGUAUGGGCUGAAGCAGUACACUAUGUAUCUGGACUGAAAGAAGACUAUAGUAGGCUCUUUCAGGGACAAAGAGCAGCAAUGUUAAGUCUUCUUAGAUAUAAUGCUAACUUGACAAAAAUGAAGAACACUUUGAUAUCAGCAUCACAGCAACUGAAAGCUAAAUUGGAAUUUUUUCACAAAAGCAUUCAGCUUGACUUGGAGAGAUAUAGUGAGCAGAUGACUUAUGGAAUAUCUUCAGAAAAAAUGCUAAAAGCAUGGAAAGAAAUGGAAGAAAAGGCCAUCCACUAUGCUGAGGUUGGUGUCAUUGGAUACCUAGAAGAUCAGAUUAUGUCUUUGCACACUGAAAUCAUGGAGCUCCAGAAGAGCCCUUACGGAAGACGCCAGGGAGAUCUGAUGGAAUCUCUGGAACAGCGUGCCAUUGAUCUGUAUAAGCAGUUAAAGCACAGACCUACAGAUCACUCCUACAGUGACAGCACAGAGAUGGUGAAGAUCAUUGUGCAUACUGUACAGAGUCAAGAUCGUGUUCUCAAGGAGCUGUUUGGCCAUCUGAGCAAGUUGUUGGGCUGUAAGCAGAAGAUUAUAGAUCUACUCCCCAAAGUGGAAGUUGCCCUCAGCAACAUCAAAGAAGCUGACAAUACUGUCAUGUUUAUGCAGGGGAAGAGGCAGAAAGAAAUAUGGCAUCUCCUUAAAAUUGCCUGUACACAGAGUUCUGCCCGCUCCCUUGUAGGAUCCAGUCUAGAAGGUUCAGGAACCCCUCAGGCAUCAGUGUGGCUGCCCCCGACUUCAGCAGAAUGUGAACAUCCUCUGUCAUGUGUGGUAACUCCUCAAGAUGGGGAGACUUCAGCACAAAUGAUAGAAGAAAAUUUGAACUGUCUUGGCCAUUUAAGUACAAUUAUUCGUGAAGUAAAUGAGGAACAGAACUGUAGUAUGAUGAAUCUGGAUUGGAGUUGGUUAACAGAAUGACUUAACACUUGUUUGCUGUCCUCAAGCCUAUGGAAGUUAAUGCUCUACAUGUUGGAAAUUUGCUUUUCCUCUCUGAAACUAUUCUUCAUACACCAGUCAAUGGAAGAAUGGCUGUGAGCAGAAACUACAAAUGAUUUUACAAGCACAAUAUUUUGAUUUUGAAAAAUCAUAACCUCUAAACAGAUAGGAUGUUAAGAAAAGUCAAUGGAGUUAAGUAUUUGUUUUAAUACUAGGGAUACUUACGAGCAUCAUCAUGACCUGUUUGUCUUCAAACUUCAUAAAAUGCUACUUACAUAACUGACAAAAAAAUGCCUUCUGAAGUUUUAACUUUCAGGCAGUAAGGCCAAUUCACAGUAUUGUAUACAGACAAAAACUUCACUGAUGUACAUUUUAAGUACCUGUGUUUCUGUGGAAGAGAUUGCUCACAAGUAAAAUUUGUUAUUUCUUAAAGAAUAAAUCCUACCUCCUUGUGGUACAUUCAGCAAGUGCUCUUCCUGGCAUCAUAAGGAGUUGGCUUAAUCCUAUUUCUAAUUUUACCGCACAUUUGACUGUAUAAUAAAUCAUGUUGUGUGCUAUGUGUAUAUGUAUUUAAGAUGUACAUUUGAUGAUAUCAAAGAGAAGAUGCUUGUUAAUUUAUAAUGUAUUUGAAAGGUAAUGCUUUUUUUUCAUUUGUAAAAAUGGGUCUGUUUAAUCUUUCAUGUCUUGUCAUCCAAGUUUGUAAAGGUCUUUAUUCCCUAAUCUGUAAUUGUAAUUUAAAAAUCCAAGAAGUUCUGAAAAC